CCUAACGUGACAGGAAGUUCUGACCGUCAGCUGAGAGAGAGCGACAACAACGUCUGGAGCACCGACAGUGAAAAGGUCUACCUGACAUCUUGGUCUUUACCGAUGGCCUACCCUAAGUCCCACAAUCCAUUUGCCGAUGAUGAUGACAAUGAGGAAGACUUUAAGCCCAAAAACAGGGGCUUCGAAGACGAAAGCGACAGUGGUAUGACCGAUGAGGAGAGGAAACAGAGGUACCUUCAGCAGGAAGUGAUGCGCACAGCGAAAUCUGCUGUGGACAGCAGUUACCGCUCGCUGGGCCUCAUCUAUGAAUCUGAGAAGAUUGGUGUGGACACUGCAGAGGAGUUAAUGCGACAGGGUGAGGCCCUGAAAAGAACAGACAAGAUGUUAGACAACAUGGAUCAGGAACUGAAAACCAGUCAGAGGCACAUCACCAGUAUCAAGAGUGUGUGGGGAGGAUUUGUCAACUACUUGAGGGGCAAACCAGAAACAAAGCCUGCACCUGAAGAGCCAAAGGUCUACCAGGCUAAUGAGAGACUACAGACUGCCAUGUCCAGCAGCAGAGAAAACGAAGAUAAGUACCAAGCCAGCCAUCCCAAUCUAAGAAGGUUGGAUACGGGAGGUUUUGGAGCUGCUGCAUCGAUGGAUGACAGCUCAUCCAGACCGAAUGGAUAUCCUCAGAACAGUUACCUGAAAACGGCUCACCAGACCCUUGACAACAAUUUAGAUGAGAUGUCCAGUGGCUUGGCAAGACUGAAGAACCUCGGCCUCGGUCUUCAGUCGGAGAUUGAGGAACAGGACGACUCCAUCGGUUCCCUGCUCAACAAAGUGGACAAAAUGGAUCUGAAGAUCACCAACACCAACCAACAACUUAAAAACCUCAAAUAAGACUUACAAUUGGACUCAUCCACCAUUAUAGACACAAGCCAGCUGCAGGUCAACCUCACAUGUGACCCAUCCUCUCGGCCUUUGUUCACUAAAGGGUAGCCUGUUUCAUUUUGGUUUGUCUUUUGGUUUGUCUUCCAAUAGAAAAUAACUGUGAUUUCUUUUUUUCUUCAUCAUAUGUAAUGUGCUUUCCACAUACGCUCUGGUUGUUUUCUCUGUCAAGUCUCACUGCAUUUCUGUCCUAAUGCCCAAUCACCAAAGAGGUGCAUUUAAAAAAAGUUCCCAAUUUGUAUUUCAAGCCACCAAAUUUGAGAGAUAAGGAGAAUUUUAAAAUAUAGAUCCUAAAAAUGUGUUUUUAAUCUUUUUUUUUUUUAUGUACACUAUUUAGCCACCUUAAAUGUAUAAACAAAACAAGCAAGCAGAAAGUCUAACUUAAGUCACAUUUGCCUUACAUGUGAAAGAAAUGUAUUGUCUUAGGAUCUGUGUGAUGAUUACGUUUUCAUCUGGUGCUUCUUCCCACAAAAUAAUUUGCUUAGAUUUUUUUUAUAUAUAUAUAAUUUGAUUUGCUUUGAUUCAGUAUUGCAGAAUUGGUCUCAGAUAAUUACAAAAUAAAUAAUGUCAAGAAGUUGGGUGUAUAAAAACUCAGCACCGAAGGAAUAAACCCACCAUCAAAAUGUUAAAUAUCUACACUGCACUAUAUUUCCAAGUUCAAGAAACAGGGUCAUGUUUUUCAAAAGAAAUAUUAUGUUACAAGCCUCUUGAUUUGGUAUUUUUUUAUGUUUCUGGGCAAUAUAUGAUGUUUGCCACACUUACCAUGAAUUUUAAUUACACUGAUAUAUGGAAUAAAGAACAUUCAUUUUGGGACUCUCAGGCA